AUGAAGGCGCCCCGCGUAUCAUGUCUGUGUUGGCUUAGCGCGGCGGCGCUCGUGGUGACCUUCAUGCCCGUCGAUGGAACAGGAUCACACCUGGCGGCUCGCGCGGACGCGCCAGAAUUGCUUGCGGAAGUAGCUAGGCCUGCCCAAGUGACCAUCAGCAGGAACAUACUCUUCCUUCUGAACAACAUUCCGCCACGCUAUCGAGUGCACGUCGCGAAUACCCUUCGGGACAACGUGGAGCUCAGCAUCGAGACUCGCUACCCUAAUGUAGCGAGCUUUCAUAUAAAAGGGGUGACGCCGGUGGCCUCGCAUUACAGUGCCAACAAUGAGCAUCACGUUGCUGGAGAAGCACGAACGAGCACCGGCCGCCAUCUGCACGGCGAGGACUCCGACUACAUCGUGCGCAUCAACCCAGCGGAGCUGCCCCCAGGCUGGCCCUUCAGACUGAGGCGCUUGGACAGGCGCUCAGCUCCCGGCGUGAGGUUUCAGAUGCCAAGCGCUCUACUAAUCCCCCGCAGUCCCGUAGGUCCGCUAGGCGUAACAGGAAGCACGACUCCUCGUCGUCCGACCGAGGCGGAGCAGCAAGUCCUGGAUGAGGCAGCCCGAGCAAAUCGCCUGCGUCCGGCUUCGAGAGCAGCAAUCGAGUACGACGACGUCUCUGCUAUCACGCCACAUCGGUCCGGGACUGGGUACUGGGUCCAGGGAAGUGGACUGGAUCCUAGCGGAGCUGUGCUCCACGACUUGAACAUGAUUCAUCGGCAUGAGCGCAAGCGCAUCUGCGCAGGCGUCUCUACGUCAGGUCCUAGUGCUCAGAUGCACCCGAGCAGAAAAGGCGGGGGACGAUCGAUUCGCCACGCGGUUGCCGUGAACGGAUCCGUCCGGCUGACGAUCCCCAACAUGAUGGAUGUCAAGGGCCCUGAUGUGCGGGUCCGCCCGAGCCCAGUCCGAGGCGAUGUCCAGAAAAGUUUGGCGCUCGUGAUGAGAGCCAAGAGUAUCGUGGGCCGAAUUGCUCAGUCUGACUGGAGGCCACGGGCCCAAGAGAACGGGACCUUCGGAAGCCCUGCCUCGAGGACUUGGUGA